AAUCGUUUAAACCAUGCAAGAGCUAAAACACAUCAAGCUGCGUGCAACAGUAUUUAACCUCACACAGACAUUUGCUUGUCAAGAAAUUGCUCAAUUUGGUGUCACAGUUUGUUUAUUUUUUUCAGUGUGUGUUGUCUUCCCGAGAAGCAUUUAGGUAAUAAUUAGGCCUAGAUUCAUUAGAAGUCAGUUAUUGAUGGUACACUGUGUUUGACACGCUGUACACGUUCCUGUCAUUGAAUGUUUCACAUUCAUUUUGACUGUAAGGAGUGCUUUGCAUAGUUCUGCCAUUACUGAGCAUGCAGCAGGUUAAUUGCAAGGACACCCUGUAGGCUACACGUGCACAUUCACUGCAUCUUAAUUGUGCAAUUAUUUGUGCAUUUUUGGGUCAAAGAAGAGGGAAAGUGUUGCAAAAAAAGGCCACACACACACAAAAAUGCACACACACUGCCGGCACAUCACGUGAUUUAAAAUAAUUGGCGGGUCGAAACGAAAGCAAACUGCAUGAGUGAAAGCGAAAGUAACACCCGGAGCACCUGAAUGUGUCUUUAUGUGAGUGAGUGUGUGUGUGUGUGUCUUAGUGAACGGAUCCCUCGCGGUUAUUGUUGCCACAGCCGAACAUACAAUCAGGCUGUUUUAAAACGAGCGGACCCGUCUUCAUCAUAAUACAACCUGUAACCGAAAGUAAGAUGUUUCUUGUGCGUGAGAGCUGCGAGCUGCGGCGGGGAAGAAGCUAAGAGAAGCUGCGACUGACAGUUACUACAACUCAUCUGAUUGUUCAGCGACAGUCCUUCAAGGACAGAUGACAGAGCCUAUCCAGCCUCUGCUCUUCUCCACAAGUUUCUGAUGAUGCUGAUAAAUAUCGAUUAAAGUCUCAAGCUGUUGUUUAAAGCAACAUGGAAAGAGGACAGGGUGUCAGAUGAGCGACCAGGAAGGAGUGAGUGAUGGAGGAUCUGCCUGUGAAAAGUGGAGGAACUGGUGCAGCAGGCAGUCAAGACGGGGAUUCUCCUUUGUAGGAUGGUCAGAGACAAUCUUGAUAGAACAGUAGUACAGAGCAGAAAACAGAACCACACAGCUGACUCACAGAACCAAAGUCAACCCCCCGAGGAACCCGUGGGACCAAAGCGAGCACAGAGCCCAGAGAGAGUUCAACCAGAGAGCCAAGAGGAGACAGACAGGCAGCUAGAUCUACUGUGCUGGAAAAAACUGAACUUACAGGAAGAUCCUGAAACCUGGUGCCAGCUAUUCAGUGGAGCCGAUGCUGAGAGCUUGCCCACACACCUCCGUCCAUUCAGCAGUGCAGCAGAGUACAAACUAGUGAAACGCACGUACCAGCAGCUGCAACACAGUGGUUACUACUGGGGAUCGAUGACCAUGGAGGAGGCACAUGAAAUACUCACACAGGAACCACUUGGCACCUUCCUCAUCAGAGACAGCGGCCAGCCGGAUGUUUUCUUCACGCUGAGUUACCAAAGUGACGAAGGCCCGACAAGUGUUCGUGUCCAGCUGAACAACCUGCUCUUCAGUCUGUAUGGCAGCCACAGGACUUUUGCUUCACUCUUCGCUCUGCUCACGUAUUACACCAGCUCAUCCUGUAAGCUGGCGGUGCCCUAUCGCAAGCAGCGUCCGGAGCGCCUGAAGCAGAUGUGCAGGAGGGCUCUAAUACACGCACACGGAGCAGAGAACAUAAGCACCUUACCUGGACUCAGCACUCAAGUUAAAGACUAUGUUCAUGCGUAUCCUUGUUGUAUAUAGACACGUGUGGGCAGAGUGCCUGUCAAUGUAUCAAGAUGUUGUUUUUGUUGUAAGUUAAGCAAAUAUUCUGUAUUUGUGUUAUUUACACACGAUCUGCAAGUUGUUCGAUGGUUGUUUGCACACAUUAUCACAAUGUUUUACAGUGUUUAUGGUACAUAUUAUCAUUUUUUUAAAUUAAUAACAGAUUCUGUGUAACUGCUGCACCACUCCUCCAUCAUAAAUAUCAGUCGUAACGUCCAUGAAGAUGUAACAUUUGCUGCUGUUUAAAGCUGCAUUUAUUGAUGUUUGGCCACCAGGGGGCAAAUAAAAACAUCAAAACAUGCUGACAUAUCACCACUUUGUCAUAUGCCUGUGAGACCUGAGUGUUUUUUGGUGUGCAUUUUUAAUUUCUCCUAGCUAUUUUGGAUUAGUGCAACCUGACAAGUAGAAAAAAAAUCUAGCUUUUGUCUUUGAUCUGAAAAUAGUUUUAGAGAAAAAAAAGAUGUGACCAGUUGUCCCCAUUUAAGAAACUGAAUGUGGGGACAGUGGAUUUAUUCUUAAUCAUCACAGUGUGGAAUGAAGUGUAAAACUAUUUAUUUAAGUGCCUGAAUAUUGCUGUGCAAAAACAAAAAUAACAAGCAAUGUAGUAUAUCUGAAAGCCUUUUGAAGUGCUCGUUUUGUAGCUCUGUACGAAUUUCCUGUGCUCCAUACUCCAAUCUAGGAAUGUCUUUUAAGUACUUUUUAAUUUACAGCAUUGUGGCUUGUUGUUAAAAUUGGUCAAAUUUGUGUAACAAAUGUUACAAAGCACAAUAAACAAGUGAAAGGGACACUUUGCUGAUUUUCAACCAGCUCUGUUACCAUAACAGUGUGGGUAGUUUGUGUAAAUGAACUGUGGUAAACUUCCCUCCAUUUUACCAGUGCCCAGAUCUCCCUGCUCAUCUCUCAGCUCAAACUUUUCACUGGCUCUAACUCAAACUACAAAUUGUACUUCUUCAUUUUUGUAGACCCCACACCACAUACACAGAGUAUACAAGCG